AGGCACCUCCCGCGGCUACCGAUAUCUAACACCAGCACCACCAUCUGCGGGCAGGGAGCGCACAAGGGCUGCCAGAGACCCGACGCGAGCCUGACUCCGAAGGCCAUUUCUCUGAGGCUGUGGCUUUAAGGGAGACGCUGGGCUUGCGGGCUCUUUAAGGAGGCGGUUGGGGGCGUGUCAGGAAAUGAAUCCUGGGCCCGCCUCGCCGGCGGGAGCGGCCUCGGAAGCCCGGAGGUUGCUGGGCGGAGCGAGGGCCGGCGCCUGGGAAGACGGCGCGCCUUGGGCUUGUACCGGCACCUGGGCCGUGAGCGCCUCUGACCUCGCCUGCACCCUCUUUCCAAACCCCCCCGCACGCUCUCCUUUCAGCUCCUUGCAUGCCUCCCCCUCUCACCCUGCAAACCUUUCUCUCCCAUAGCAGCCCAUGCCUGUCUCUCUCAGCACCUCUUCACCACGCUGUCCCCCGCCCUUUUCUAACACCCCCGCCUUGCAUUUCUCCCCCUUUUCCUUCCAUAUCUCUCCCCCGCCACCCCCCUUCCUGCGAAUCCUCCUUGCUCGGUCCCAGCCCCUUCUCCCCUGACCUGUCAUCUCUGUCCAGCCUUAGCCCGUCCCUCACCUCUUCCCUGUGUCUUGUCUCAUGAACCCCCUCAGGGUGGCAGCAGGUUGUGGGACUCACCCCAGAGCAGAACCUCUCCAUCCAGGAGAAGGGUGGGAGGCCUCCAGGCCACCCACCAUGUGACAGUUGAGGACUUCAGCUUGCAGAAAGCAGAAGUGAGCUCACUGCUCCGUACUCCAGGAAAUCAGUCUGGCUGUAGGGUGACCCAGCUCCUCUGCUACCAUGAACAGGGCCUCUCUGAAGCGGUCAAAGAUCCUGCACAUGGCACUGAUGGGGACUUCCGACCCCUCCGGAGAGGCAGAGGCCAGCCACGAGAAGCCCUUUGUGCUGCGGGCACUGCAGAUCGCUCUGGUAGUCUCUCUCUACUGGGUCACGUCCAUCUCCAUGGUGUUCCUUAACAAGUACCUACUGGAUAGCCCCUCCCUACAGCUGGACACCCCCAUCUUCGUCACCUUCUACCAGUGCCUGGUGACCGCGCUGCUGUGCAAGGGCCUCAGCUCACUGGCCACCUGCUGCCCUGGCACCAUGGACUUCCCCACCCUGCGCCUGGACCUCAGGGUGGCCCGAAGCAUCCUGCCCCUGUCGGUGGUCUUCAUCGGCAUGAUCACCUUCAAUAACCUCUGCCUCAAGUAUGUGGGUGUGGCCUUCUACAACGUGGGUCGCUCACUCACCACCGUCUUCAAUGUGCUGCUCUCCUACCUGCUGCUCAAGCAAACCACCUCCUUCUAUGCCCUGCUCACCUGCACCAUCAUCAUUGGUGGCUUCUGGCUUGGUGUGGACCAGGAGGGAGCAGAGGGUACCCUGUCUUGGAUGGGCACCCUUUUUGGCGUGCUCGCAAGCCUCUGCGUCUCACUCAAUGCCAUCUACACCAAGAAGGUGCUCCCGGCGGUGGACGGCAGCAUCUGGCGUCUGACCUUCUACAACAACGUCAAUGCCUGCGUCCUCUUUCUGCCCCUGCUCCUGCUGCUGGGGGAGCUCCCAGCCCUCUACAACUUCCCCCAGCUGGGCAGCGCCCACUUCUGGGGCAUGAUGACGCUGGGCGGCCUGUUUGGCUUCGCCAUCGGCUAUGUAACAGGACUGCAGAUCAAGUUCACCAGUCCCCUGACCCACAACGUGUCCGGCACAGCCAAAGCCUGUGCCCAGACGGUGCUGGCCGUCCUCUACUACGAGGAGACGAAGAGCUUCCUCUGGUGGAUGAGCAACAUGAUGGUGCUGGGCGGCUCCUCCGCCUACACCUGGGUCAGGGGCUGGGAGAUGAAAAAGAUUCAGGAGGAGCCCCGCCCCAAGGAGGACGAGAAGAGUAACGUGGAGGUGUGAGCUCCUCCGGAGACCCUGCAAUGGCCCGGCCCGGCCCAGGGAGAAUGCCCAUGAAUGAAGUGAAGGUGUCUCUCUGGACCCAGAGACAGUGGCCUUACAGACCUGAUGCGAAUCUGGUGGUUGAAAUGGAACCAGUGUUUCCAAGUGAUGUCAGAAAGUUGCCAAACCUGUCUCGACCCCCCUUCCUAUUUCUGGGUUUUUGUCCUCCCCUAGGGAGGAGGGAACCCCCAUGGGAAGAGCCAGUUAGGUUCUCUGGAAGAGCACCAGCUCUCUGGGAGUAGGAGAGGGACAGCACCCCUUCCUGUCCCCCUGCCAGGGCCUCCUACCUCCACAUGACCUUUGGGGUUGGGGACAGGCCACAACCUUUAAGGGAGAGUAUUGGCAAAGCCAUUAUGUCUUCACUUGGACUCAGGGGAGGUGGGGGUGUGACCCCACCACAGGCUUAGGAUUUGGGAAACCUCACACCUCUGUGCCCCGGGGCAGGCAGCAUAGCUUUGGCCCACCCCAAACCAGCCUCCUUUUGGGGGAAAGUGUAGGCUGGGCUGAGGGAGGAAAUGAACAAGCAUUCUCUCUUCUCUGCAUUGAGACCAGCAGCCCCCGUGCAAGGGGGUGAAGGAUCGGGGGUACCAAGCCUGGCCCAGGCCCCUGCUCGUUAACACCCUCCCGCAGUCGCUAACACCAGUUUUGCCCGCCUCACUCCCCUGCCCCUGAGGGGCAGCUGCCACCUGGCACAAACAGCUACCUGGCUCAGGUAACAGCCCCCCAGAAGUGGAGGCAGGGAGCCACUUUGGCUUCUCCCAACUCUGCCUCUCCAGGGAAUGCUGAUGGAGCCAGGGUCAGCUCAGAGCCUUCCACCUAAGCUGUGCUGGGCCCCCCAAGAUCCAGGUCCCUGCAGGGCAGGUGUUGUAACCUGAUCUUGAUGAAGGUGUUAAGCUAACAAUUAUAAACUUCCCUGAGUUUGGGAAGGAAAGAAUCUUCCCUUCCCCUCACCACACCCUCUGGGCUUGAGGGUGGCUUUCACAACUCCUGUUCCUUCUGUUGGGUGUUUUGUUCCACCAAGUGGAACAAAACUCCCUGGGGUAACUCCUGAUGUCUUCAGCGCCUGUAACGAAAGGCUGGGGAGAGUGGAGCUUCUCACGACUACUCUCUUCGCGUCCCCGCACAAUCCCAGGUGGUUUCUAAUGAAGUUGGUGGGGCCCGAUGCCCUGAAUUGUGUGUGAUUUAAUUAAAAAUCAGAGUAAGACA